UAUUUCCCUCCUAUAAUCAGCUCACAGGGCGCUGAUAGGGUUGUUGGAAUUCUUGAAUGACAAUUUGUCAAAGCCGGAUCAGUCCAUUUGGAAAGGUAUGCCGUGUCAGACGUAUAUUAACGUUCCUCACCGCUACGACAGGAGGAAAUUAUCAAACACUACAACACUGAUAGACAAAACGGGUCCUGGUUUUAUUUCCGUGAAAAGAUCGGGAGAAGGACGGCAGCUAAAAGGCGGAUAAAUCCACGGCGCAGAGUGGUACAAUCAAGUCGAGCCUGGGCUGCGAGGGGGUAUAUUCACUUUUUCACGACUGAGGGAAACACAACGCCGGGGAGGGAAAAACCGCUAAAACAAUUAACAGUCUCGCUUAUAUGUUUCCCAAAGUGUCUGCGAAAUGUCUACGAAGGCAGAGCAAUUUGCCUCUAAGAUACGAUACUUGCAAGAGUAUCACAACCGUGUGCAACACAAUAUUUACCCCGUGCCCUCCGGAACAGACAUUGCAAACACACUGAAAUACUUUUCCCAAACCCUGCUCAGCAUUCUGUCCCGCACAGGCAGGAAGGAGAACCAGGAAGCUUCCAAUUUGGCCGUGCCCAUGACCAUGUCUUUUCCUGUGCCAUUCCCACUCACCCCAUCUCUAAGACCACAAGUCAGUUCCAUCAACCCUACAGUUACUCGCUCCCUCCUUUACAGCGUUCUGCGCGAUGCCCCGUCAGACCGCGGGGGGCAGGGGCAGCAGAGUCGGGACGCUCAGCUCUCAGAGUACCCCUCUCUGGACUAUCAGGGCCUCUAUGUGACCCUCGUGACCCUGCUUGACCUGGUGCCCCUGCUGCAGCACGGUCAGCAUGAUCUGGGACAGUCCAUAUUUUACACAACCACAUGCCUCCUGCCCUUUCUCAGUGAUGAUAUUCUCAGCACUUUGCCCUAUACUAUGAUCUCCACUUUAGCCACAUUUCCCCCUUUCCUCCACAAAGACAUCAUAGAGUACCUGAGCACAUCUUUCCUCCCCAUGGCUAUACUGGGCUCCACUCGGAGGGAGGGGGGAGUCCCAGCCUAUGUCAAUUUGUCUGCCUCUUCUAUGCUCAUGAUUGCAAUGCAGUACACAUCAAAUCCAGUUUAUCACUGUCAGUUACUGGAGUGUCUAAUGAAGCACAAACAAGAAGUGUGGAAGGAUUUGCUUUAUGUCAUAUCUUAUGGUCCAUCCCAAGUAAAGCCUCCAGCUGUGCAGAUGCUGUUUCAUUACUGGCCCAACCUGAAGCCACCAGGAGCCAUCAGUGAAUACAGAGGGCUGCAGUACACAGCCUGGAAUCCCAUCCACUGUCAACAUAUCGAGUGCCACAACGCCAUUAAUAAACCUGCUGUCAAGAUGUGCAUAGAUCCAACUCUUUCUGUUGCCCUGGGAGACAAGCCCCCUCCUCUUUACAUAUGCGAGGAGUGCAGCCAGAGGAUAGCAGGAGAUCAUGCUGAAUGGCUCGUUGAUGUACUCCUGCCCCAAGCAGAGAUAUCUGCCAUUUGUCAAAAGAAGAACUGUAGCUCUCAUGUAAGGAGGGCUGUGGUCACCUGCUUCUCAGCUGGCUGCUGCGGGCGCCAUGGCAACCGGCCUGUCCGCUACUGCAAGCGUUGCCAUGUCAACCACCACAGCAGCGAGGUGGGGGCUGCGGCGGAGACCCAUCUGUACCAGACCUCGCCCCCUCCCAUCAACACCCGGGAGUGUGGAGCGGAGGAGCUGGUGUGCACAGUGGAAGCUGUUAUAAGCCUUCUGAAGGAGGCGGAAAUUCAUGCAGAACAGCGUGAGUUUGAGCUGAACAGGCGUCGUCAGAUGGGCCUGUCUGCCUCCCACCACUCUCUGGACAACAUCGAGUUUGACAACAAGGAGGACGACCAGCACGACCAGCGCCUCCUCAGUCAGUUCGGCAUCUGGUUCCUGGUGAGCCUGUGCACCCCUAAUGAGAACACGCCCACAGAGAGUCUGGCUCGGCUGGUCAGCAUGGUCUUCCAGUGGUUUCACUCCACUGCCUACAUGAUGGAUGAUGAAGUUGGAAGCCUGGUGGAGAAACUGAAGCCCCAGUUUGUCACAAAGUGGCUGAAGACAGUGUGUGAAGUGCGCUUUGAUGUCAUGGUCAUGUGUCUGCUGCCCAAACCUGUAGAAUUUGCCAGGGUGGGAGGUUACUGGGACAAAUCAUGCAGCACAGUGACACAGCUAAAGGAAGGCCUGAACCGCAUCCUGUGUCUGAUUCCUUAUAAUGUCAUCAGUCAGCCACUGUGGGAGUGUUUUAUGCCCGAGUGGCUCGAGGCCAUUCGUACCGAGGUGCCCGACAACCAACUCAAAGAGUUCCGGGAAGUGCUCAGUAAGAUGUUUGACAUCGAGCUGUGCCCCCUGCCCUUCUCUAUGGAGGAAAUGUUUGGCUUCAUCAGCUGCAGGUUCUCAGGCUACCCGGCGUCUGUGCAGGAGCAGGCUCUGCUGUGGCUGCAUGUGCUGUCAGAGCUGGACAUUGUGGUGCCUCUUCAGCUGCUGAUCGGGAUGUUCUCAGAUGGAGUGAACUCUCUGAAGGAACUGGCCAAUCAGAGAAAGGCUCGCGCUUCAGAUCUGACGGACAACACUGGGGCUCGCAGGGUGAGCGUGGUGUCAGAUCCAGGACGCCGUGGGCAACACAACACCCUCAGUCCAUUCCCAAGCCCCUUCAGGAGCCCGUUCCGCAGCCCUUUACGCUGCAGCCCCUUUAAAAACCUGGGUCACGCCACCGGCCACUGCGCCCUGGAUCUGGACUGUGACGACGACGACAUGAACCUCGGCUGCUUCAUCCUCAUGUUUGAUCUCAUCUUAAAGCAGAUGGAGCUCCAGGAUGAUGGUGUGAUGCUGGGUCUAGACAGCAGCCUGGGGAAGGAUAUCGUGGGCAUCAUCAACAACGUCUUUCAGGCCCCGUGGGGGGGCUCGCACACCUGCCAGAAGGAUGAGAAGGCCCUAGAGUGCAGCCUGUGCCAAUCCAGCAUUCUGUGCUACCAGCUGGGCUGUGAGCUCCUGGAGAGGCUGACCCCCCGGGAGGAGAUACGCCUGGUGGAGCCUACAGACACUUUGGAGGAAACUUUGAUCUCACCUCAACCAGAUUUCUCCCUCGGGACGGAGAAUGGAAGCGAAGAAGAAGACAACCCGAGUGGCACACAAACCGACAACCCCACUGACAACCCUUCUCCUGAAAAUGCAUCCAUGAAGAAUAACUCCGAUAAGAAGUUCUCCUACCAGCAGCUCCCUGUGUCUUUGCAGCUUAUAUACACCAUCCUGCAGGAAAUGUCCAAGUUUGAGGAGCCUGACAUCUUGUUCAACAUGCUCAACUGUCUGAAGAUCUUGUGUCUCCAUGGAGAGUGUUUAUACCUCGCCCGUAAGGAUCACCCCCAGUUCCUGGCCUACAUCCAGGAGAAGAUGCUCAUCCCGAGCCUGUGGUCGAUGUUGAAGUCAGAGUUUUGCCAGCUGGCCUCCCUGGCGGUGCCUCAGCUUCUCCAUGCCCUCUCUCUGUCCCACGGGGCAGACAUCUUCUGGAACCUCAUCAACACAAACUUCAACAGCAAAGACUGGAAAAUACGAUUUGAAGCUGUCGAGAAGGUAGCGGUGCUGUGUCGGUUCCUGGACAUUGGCGCGGUGACUAAAAACCACUUGCUGAAAUACGCCCUGGCCCAUGCUUUCUGCUGCUUCCUGGCGUCUGUGGAGGAUGUGAACCCAGCUGUGGCAACCAGGGCGAGACUGCUGCUGGACACCAUCAAGAGGCCGGCCCUGCAGGGCUUGUGUCUGUGUCUGGACUUCCAGUUCGACACAGUUGUGAGGGAUCGCCCCGUCAUUCUCAGCAAACUCCUGCUGUUGCACUUCCUGAAGAAAGACAUUCCCGCACUGAGCUGGGAGUUUUUUGUUAACCGCUUUGAAACAUUAUCUCUGGAGGCUCAGCUACACCUGGACUGCAACAAGGAGUUCCCUUUUCCUACUACAAUUACAGCUGUACGAACCAAUGUGGCAAACCUCAGUGACGCAGCGAUGUGGAAGAUACGACGGGCCCGGUUUGCCAGGAAUCGGCAGAAGAGUGUUCGUUCCCUCCGUGACAGCGUGAAGGGAGAUCCAUCAGAUUCUAAACGGGCGUUUUCGCUCCCUGAGUCACUGAGCAACCGACUUCCUCUAAGGCUUUCGAGGCAGGAGCACUCUGCCCCGACACUGGGAGAUAUGAUAGAGAAAGUCCUGCCAGCACGUUUCCUCCCGCACUUUAACCCUGACGCUUCAGCCCCUCUUGCAGGCCAGACCCCUUCUCCGGAGGACGACACCAUCAUCAGAGACCUGCUCCCCGAGGACACCGGCAUCGAUCACCAGACGGUCCACCAGCUCAUCAUGGUGCUCAUGAAAUUCAUGGCCAAGGACCAGAGCAGUGCUGAGGCUGACAUCGGUAGCGCCAAGGCUUUCAACACAGUGAAGCGUCAUCUGUAUGUACUGCUGGGUUACGACCAACAGGAGGGCUGCUUCAUGAUCGCACCACAGAAGAUGCGCACCUCCACCUGCUUCAAUGCCUUUAUUGCUGGCAUUGCUCAGGUGAUGGACUACAACAUCAGUUUAGGGAAGCAGCUGCUCCCUCUGGUGGUCCAGGUGUUGAAGUACUGCACAUGUCCACAGUUGAGACACUAUUUUCAGCAGCCGCCCAGAUGCUCCCUGUGGGCGCUGAGGCCUCACAUCCGGCAGAUGUGGCUCAAAGCUCUGCUGGUUAUCCUGUAUAAGUACCCUUAUAGAGACAUGGACGGCAGUAAAGUGGUCCUCCAUCUGAUCCACAUCACCAUCAACACCCUGAACGCACAGUAUCACAGCUGUCGACCCCACGCCACAGCAGGACCACUGUACAGCGACAACUCCAACAUGAGUCGCUACAGUGAAAAAGAAAAAGAAGAGGACAGUGUAUUCGAUGAGUCAGACGUCCAUGACACGCCGACGGGUGCUGCUAACAAGGAGUCACAGACCUUCUUUGCCCGCCUGAAGAGGAUCGGCGGCAGCAAGUCUGUGAAGUACCAGCCGGUGGAGCUGAAUGCCAAGAAAAGUGAAAUUGAGCUGUCAGAGUACCGUGAAGCCAGCGCCCUUCAGGACAGCAUUCUGCACUGUGUGAGGGAGGAGAGCACCAGGAAAAAGCGGCUACAGGCCAUGCACAAGCAGAAGUCUCUGGACAUUUCCAACACAGACUCCAUUCUUUUCAGCCUGGACGAACAUCGGCGUAAGUCCUGCAUUGAUCGCUGUGACCUGCAAGCCCCCCCUGUGGUCCUGCCUCCGUCCUCGGCCACGUCCCACAGCAGGCAUCACAUUAAACGAUCCUCAGAUGGCUCUUCGUUUCGGGUGGAGGGCAUCGAUCCGGUGGACCGGCGAGGCUCUCGAGGCGGGCAGUCUGACAUCUCCAAACCUGUCAUCCCAGAAGUCCGCCUCAGCUGCAUGGAGACCUUCGAGGACAAACAGGAUCAGAGUUCGUUAAGCGGAUCGACACAGGGGAAGGAGGACCAAGACCUCAUUGACCUCUCCUCUGACUGCACCUCAAUUCCAGAAAAACACUCACUGCUCUCCAUGUCUGACAGCGACUCCUUGGUGUUCGAACCGCUGCCUCCUCUGAGGAUCGUGGAGAGUGACGAGGAGUUCGACCUCAACACCAUCAUCGGUUCCAAAUUCAACGGCAGCCCGAAGAUCUCAGCUUCUCCUGCAAGCAGCAACACUUUGCGAUUGUCUCCGGUGGUUCAGGUGAGCGUGGAGGACUGUUCCAGUGACAAAAAGACUCUUGUAGGAGAGGAGGGCUCUCUGAAAGCAUUUUUAGAGAAGAAGCCUGGCCGCGUGACUCACAGCACCUCUCUGGAACUCCCUGACCGACCGGAGAACAUCUGCCACGAAAGUCCCAUGACCCUGAAGCAGAAGAGAGACCUGCUGAGGAAGAGCCCACAUGUCCCUGUCACCUCGCUAGACGACACAUAUGUGACCCCCGAAGAGGCGAGGAUUGGGAUGGGACCCGGCACAAGUCCGUCAGGCAGGACUAUCUUCCUGGACAUCCCAGAAGACAGAGCAGAGCCUCUUUCCUCUCCAGAGAAAAGCAACAGCAAUGAUGACGAGGAGGAUGGAGACGACGAAGAUGAAGACGACGUGGGUGAUGAAGCGGACAGCGACCCCAAACCUGACAACGCAGACGACAACGAUGAAGCCGAGUUUAAAAUCCAGAUCGUUCCCAGACAACGUAAGCAGAGGAAGAUUGCUGUGAGUGCCAUCCAGAGGGAGUACCUGGACAUCUCGUUCAACACUUUCGACAAGCUGGGCGGUGAGCAGACCACAGAAACAGCUCAGUAUCGUCAGGUGAAGCGAGGCUCUCUGGGAGCUCUGACCAUGAGUCAGCUCAUGAAGAGACAGCUGGAGCAUCAGUCCAGCGCGCCGCAUAACAUCUGCACGUGGGAGACGGGUCCUACAAAAACCAGCCUUCUCUCAGCACCAAGCACCGUCAGCAUGUUCGUCCCUGCACCAGAGGAGUUCAUAGACGAGCAGCCGACCACCAUGUCUGACCGGUGUCGGGACUGUGCGGCUGUCCUGGAAGAAUACGACGAGGAGACACUCGGCCUCGCAGUGGUCGUUCUCUCCAUGUUCAUCCACCUGAGCCCUGAUUUGGCUGCUCCUAUGCUCCUCGACAUCAUGCAGUCUGUGGGCAGGUUGGCAUCCAGUGCCAAUUUUUCUGGACAAGCUGAGAGUAUGUUGAUCCCAGGGAAUGUAGCAGGUGUAGCCAAGCAGUUCCUUCGUUGUAUGUUUCACCAACUGGCUCCUAAUGGCAUCUUGCCCCAACUCUUUCAGAGCAACAUCAAAGAUGGAAGUUUUCUGCGAACACUGGCCUCCUCGCUGAUAGAUUUCAAUGAGCUGAGUUCUGUCGCUGCUCUCAACAUGCUGCUGGAGGGCUUGAACAACAAAAAGAGCCUGCCAGCAGGGGGCACAAUGCUGCACUGCCUGGACAACAUUGCCACCUUCAUGGAGGCUCUCCCCAUGGAUUCUCCUAGCAACCUGUGGACAACCAUCUGCAACCAGUUCCAGACCUUCCUCACUAAACUGCCUUCUGUGCUUCCUCUGAAGUGCCCCAUGGAUUCCAGUUUAAGGAUUAUCAUUUGUCUGCUGAAAAUCCCAACCACAAAUGCAACUCGGAGUCUCCUGGAGCCUUUUUCCAAGCUGUUGAGCUUCGUCAUUCAGUAUGGCAUCUUCAGUCUCUCCUACCUGGUAGAGCUCUGUGGACUGUGUUACAAAGCCUUCAACAAGGAGAGAGAUAAGUUCUACAUGUCCCGCAUUGUGGUGUUAGAGCUUCUGCAGGCUCUCAAGUUCAAGUCUCCUCUGCCUGACACAAACUUGUUACUGCUGGUCCAGUUUGUCUGUGCAGAUAUUGGCACACGGCUAGCAGAAUCCACCAUCAUCCAAAAGCACAUGAUCUCAACGCUGCCGGGGUGCACAACAGCGGCAAUGGAAUGCAUGAGGCAAUACAUAAGUGAGCUUCUGGACUUCAUUGCAGAUAUGCACACGCUUACCAAACUUAAAAGCCAUAUGAAGGCUUGCUGUCAGCCUCUGCAUGAAGACACUUUUGGAGGCAACCUGAAGGUGGGCUUGGCACAAGUGGCAGCCAUGGAGAUCAGCAAAGGCAAUCACCGUGAUAACAAAGCUGUGGUCCGUUAUCUUCCCUGGCUUUAUCAUCCGCCAUCUACCAUGCAACAAGGGCCAAAAGAAUUUAUUGAAUGUGUGUCCCACAUCCGUCAGCUGUCCUGGCUUCUUUUGGGCUCCCUCACACACUGUGCCCUGCACCAGGGCUCCACCUCCUGCAUGCCCAUCCCUCUAGACGCCGGCUCCCACAUCGCAGAUCAUCUUAUAGUCAUCCUCAUUGGCUUCCCAGAGCAGUCAAAGACGUCGGUGCUGCACAUGUGCUCCCUGUUCCACGCCUUCAUGUUCGCCCAGCUGUGGACCAUCUACUGUGAGCAGGCGGCUGCUGCUCCAUCCCUGCAGAACCAGAACCAGACAGAGUUUUCCUCCAGUGCCAUCCUCACAGGCCUGGAGUUCUGGAGUCGGGUUACACCCAGCAUCUUGCAGCUCAUGGCCCAUAAUAAAGUGAUGGUGGAGAUGGUGUGUCUUCAUGUCAUUAGUUUGAUGGAAGCCCUGCAGGAGUGCAACUCAACCAUCUUUGUUAAGUUAAUUCCUAUGUGGCUACCCAUGAUUCAGUCAAACCUUAAGCAUCUGUCUGCAGGGCUGCAGUUGCGUCUCCAGGCCAUCCAGAACAGGGUGAACCGCCAAUGUCUGCAGGGCCAGACAUCCGGAGUUCCUCCGUUCGCCCUGCGCAAAUGGCUGCAGUGCACCCAGUUCAAGAUGGCUCAGGUGGAGAUCCAGUCUUCUGAGGCUGCCUCACAGUUCUAUCCCAUGUGACCUGCUCUGUGGUCACCUCUGGGUCGUCUGGGUCCUUAGACCUGCAUGCAUCUGCUCUGGCAGAACCCUGAGACCAAAAAAAAGGACUGAUGCUGUGUGGGAUUCCUCUGAACUGAAUAAUUUUCAGCAACUUUAGUAUAAUACCUGUAUAUGUACAGUAAAUCUAUGCUAUUUUAAAGUACAAACACUGGAACUGGUGAUUAAAAGGUUUGGUAGGUCUGUGUGGAAUAACUGUGUCAGGUGCCUAACUGUUGUUAUUCAACAGAUUUGAAGUAAGAAGAUGACUGAAGAGAAUUUAUAUGGACCCUUGUUAGUGAUAGCGAGGGUCAUAAAAUAAAUGCUUGUUGAAUCGUAGAUAUGCUCACUCUGUGAAAUUCAUAUCCUAUCACUUUUUAAUUUGCUUGGUUGCAAGCUGGGUAAUAAAAGUAAGAGUUUUUCUAAACA